UUUUGAUAACUUCCGCUUUCACCUGGAAGUACAACAGUAAACGUUUUGUAGACUACCUUGUGUUGCGAAGUAGAUUCAGAAGAAACCUUCGUGAUUUAAGAAUUUAGUCGAUUAAAUCUUUAUUAGGGAUUUAAAAAGACUGAUCAGUCGCUCAGCUGACAUGCUCCCGUUAUCUUUACUGAAGACAGCACAGAACCACCCGAUGCUGGUGGAGUUAAAGAAUGGUGAGACGUACAACGGCCAUCUGGUCAGCUGUGACAACUGGAUGAACAUCAACUUGAGAGAAGUCAUUUGCACUUCACGGGAUGGAGAUAAAUUUUGGAGGAUGCCGGAAUGCUACAUCAGAGGAAGCACCAUUAAAUACUUACGAAUCCCUGAUGAGAUCAUAGAUAUGGUGAAAGAGGAAGUACUGUCGAAGGGACGUGGCCGGGGGGGCAUGCAGCAGAACAAACCACAGGGAAAGGGCAGAGGAGGCGGACCUGGAAGAGGUGGUGGAGCCGGCAGAGGUGUUUUUGGUGGCCGUGGCAGAGGCAUGAUGGGAACUGGCCAUGGACAACAACAAGACAAAAAGCCUGGAAAACCACAAGGUGUCAAAAACCAACACUAGAUAUAUCUCCUCAUGUGUUAGUUUGUUUUACUCCCUUUAGACACAAGAGAGCACCUUUUCAGGUCUCUUGACAUUCACACAUUAACAUCAUAAGGUUGAGUAUUUUCUUUUAGAGACUCAUUUACAAGCCUCAGUUAGUGCAUCAAACUGUGCUCAACAACUUUUUACACUGAGUUUGUUGUAAAAGCCCUUAAUGGAAAAACACAUGUGAAUUUUUACAGUCUGUCGCAUACUUUUUCUCAUACUGUCUCAUCUACUUUCUCAGUUUGAUCAUCAACCAGAAAGAGUGAGCUUAAUUUGAAAUGGGCGUCCUGGAUUUCUGUAAAGAUUUUAAUUUGGACAAGUGGAUGUCAAGAUGCUCUUCCAUUUUCUCCAAAUAGUUUUUAUUUUCUGUUGUCUCACAUUUUGGUGCAUGUUUUCACAUUGCUGUUUUAAGUUUUUUUGUUUUGUUUUUGUGCUUUAAAAUACAACCAUGGUGUAACUUGACUUGUGUAUAGUGCACUUGUGAAUAAAUCUUUUUUGUUAAAUAUCGCAAUUGCUGUGAAUUUCU